AUGGGGAGAAGGCGGUUCUCCGGUUUGGAGGUGACCCUCAUGGUCUUGUUCUUGUUGAUGUCUGUGGCAGCUAUCACCCUUAUAGUUCUGUUUGUUACUGGAGAGCCUGGAGUCCGCGGAGAUGAGACUACGGUAUUCGUUCCUCAGUGCCCAUCAAUUGCUCUGGGAGAAAGAGUGGACUGUUUCCCUGAUUCUGGAGCCACACAGCAACAAUGUGAGCAACGUGGAUGUUGCUGGAGCCCACGGGAUGAGCGAAAUGUUCCCUGGUGUUUCUUCCCAACCAACCAUGGAUACACAGCUGAAUCAGUGAAGCGUCCCAAUCCUAAUGUGAUCGAAGCUCAGCUACAGAGGAUGAAGUCUCCUUCCUUAUUUGGGGCUGAUAUACAGGAACUGCAUUUUGUUGCGGAAAUGCAGACAGACAAAAGAUUACGAUUUAAGAUCUCUGAUGCCCAAAAGACGAGGUUCGAGGUCCCCCAUGAGCACAUCGAAAGCCUCAACAGUGGCCCAGCCAGCCCCAUCGGCAACACACUACAGCUGACAGAGAAGCCCUUUGGCCUGACUGUGCGCCGGAAGGAGAACCAAAAAGUCCUGUUUGACACAAGAAUGGGUCCACUGGUGUUUGCUGAUCAGUAUCUACAGCUGUCUGCUAAGCUUCCAUCCCAUAAUAUUUAUGGCCUGGGAGAGCAUGUGCACAGACAAUAUCGCCAUGAUACAUACUGGAAAACCUGGCCCAUCUUCACCAGAGAUGCUUUCCCGAAUGGGGGCACCCACAACCUCUAUGGACACUACCCUUUCUUCCUCUGUCUCGAAGAUGAGAGUGGGAAGUCUUUCGGGGUCUUCCUCAUGAACAGCAAUGCUAUGGAGGUGACUCUGCAGCCUGCUCCUGCUGUGACCUACAGAACGAUUGGAGGAGUCCUUGACUUCUACGUUUUCUUUGGAGACACUCCAGAAGAAGUGGUGCAGGAGUUCCUGGAGCUCAUUGGCAGACCUGUCAUUCCUCCCUACUGGUCAUUGGGUUUCCAGCUGUCUCGAUGGGACUACGGCAACCUGACGGAGGUCAAGCAGACUGUUGAGAGGAACCGUGCCAUAGGCAUUCCAUAUGACAUUCAGUACACUGACAUUGACUACAUGGAGGACAAAAAAGAUUUCACUUAUGACAAAGUCAAGUUCACCGAACUGCCUCAGUUUGCUGAAUACCUUCAUGAGAAGGGACAGAGAUACAUCCUCAUUCUGGAUCCUGCAGUAGCGACCAGUAAGAGAGUAGGAAAUACUCCAUAUGAAGCCUACGACCGAGGGGAGGUGAAGAAAGCCUGGGUCACUGAAUCUGAUGGAAAAACUCCUCUGUUAGGAGAGGUGUGGCCAGGAGAGACUGUAUUUCCAGACUACACCAGCCAAAAUUGCAUCGACUGGUGGGUUGAUGAGUAUGUGCGCUUCUCCAGGGAGAUCAAACACGAUGCCCUCUGGAUUGACAUGAAUGAGGUGGCUAACUUCAAGAAAGGCUCGGUUAAAGGCUGUGUUGAUAACAAACUCAACUACCCUCCCUAUACUCCAAAGAUCCUAGAUGAGGUGAUGUACAGUAAGACUCUGUGUAUGGAUGCCAAGCAGGCCUGGGGGAACCACUAUGAUGUCCACAGUCUCUAUGGCUACUCUAUGGUGCUAGCCACUGAGAAAGCUCUGCAGAGUGUCUUCGGAGAAAAUCGUACCCUCAUGCUGACCCGCUCCUCCUUCCCAGGUGUGGGAAAGUAUUCGGGUCACUGGCUGGGGGACAAUGCUGCCAACUGGAACGACAUCAAAUGGGCCAUCCCUGGCAUGCUAGAGUUUGGACUCUUUGGGAUUCCCUAUAUCGGAGCUGACAUCUGUGGUUUCUUUGAUGACAGCAGUGAAGAGUUAUGUCGCCGCUGGAUGCAGGUGGGAGCUUUCUAUCCCUUCAGCCGGAACCACAACGCUCAAGGCUACAAGCCCCAGGAUCCAGCUGCAUAUGGCGCUAAUUCAACGCUGGUGGAGACUUCUAAACAUUACCUGAUGAUUCGUUACACACUCCUGCCUUACCUCUACACACUCUUCUACAAAGCCCACACCACGGGGGAGACUGUUGUGCGUCCUGUCAUGCAUGAGUUCUACUCUGACAGUGCUACCUGGACGGUGGACCGCCAGUUCCUUUGGGGAAAACAUUUCCUUAUCACACCUGUGCUGGACCAGGGUGUGGACACUGUGCGCGCAUACAUACCAGAUGCUGUAUGGUACGACUAUGAAUCGAUGCAACGUGUGACGAGCCGCAAAAAGUGGGUUGACAUGAAUCUACCUGCUGACAAGCUUGGUUUACACAUCAGAGGCGGUGCAAUCCUCCCCACACAAACACCUGAUGUCACAACUACCUACAGUCGCCGUAACCCCAUGGGUUUGAUUGUUGCUCUUGAUGACAAAGACCAGGCAGCUGGGGAGCUAUUCUGGGAUGAUGGGGAUUCUAGAGACACUGUUAAAACUGGCAACCACAUCCACUACCAAUUCUCUGCUGUAUCUGGAAUGCUGACAAUACAGGCGACACAUGCUGGCUACGAGGACCCAGCCAACAUUACGUUUGAGACCAUCACUAUCCUUGGAUUCCCUCAUCCACCCGCUUCAGUCACUCUGACUCAUGUUGGCACUGGAUCAGCAGGAAACAAUACCACCCCUGUGCCAGACAGCAAUAUCCAACAUAAUCGAUUCAAUGAGGCUCUUUUCCUGACUGGCCUCUCAUUGACACUGGGAGAGUCCUAUAUUGUGCGGUGGGGAGUGGCAGAUGAGUACCAGCGCUUUGACUGCUAUCCAGAGGAAAAUGCUGAUAAGGCAAAAUGCGAGGCAAGAGGUUGCAUUUGGCAGCCAAGCACCCUUGAUAAAGUUCCAUGGUGCUUCUACCCAGAAGACUACGGAUACACGGUUACAAAACACCAUAUCACAGACUCAGGCAUGACAGUCGAUAUCACUCAGAACAGCAAGUACAGGAGCAGUGGUCGUGAAGGGUCACCACACAUCAACACACUCCGUGUCCAGAUCAAUUACCACAGCAGUGACAUGUUGCAGUUCAAGAUCUGGGACCCAUCUACAGAUCGUUAUGAGGUUCCAGUGCCGCUGUCUGUUCCUGCUGAACUUGAGACUAACGAGAACAGAAGGAAUUAUAAGGUCAAUAUAACCAUCGACCCGUUUGGCAUCCAGGUCAUUAGGAAAAGUACAGGAACCACAAUCUGGGACUCCAAUGUGCCAGGUUUCACGUUCUCAGACAUGUUCAUCCAAGUGUCAACUCGACUGUCAUCAGAGUUUGUCUACGGCUUUGGAGAGACGGAGCAUUCCACAUAUAAACACAACCUGAACUAUCACACCUGGGGCAUGUUUUCCAAGGACCAGCCUCCUGGUUAUAAGCAAAACUGCUAUGGAGUGCAUCCCUUCUAUAUGGGCCUUGAGACCACUUCUGAUGCUCACGGUGUGCUCCUACUCAACAGCAAUGCCAUGGAUGUGACCUUCCAGCCUACUCCAUCCUUAACCUACCGAACUGUGGGAGGCAUCCUGGAUUUCUACAUGGUCCUGGGACCUACGCCUGAAGAGGUGGUGCAACAGUACACUGCACUGAUUGGACGACCUGUUCUACCUGCCUAUUGGUCCCUUGGGUUCCAGCUUUGUCGAUAUGGUUACGCCAAUGACAAAGAGAUAUCAGAUCUUUACAGUGACAUGAAAAAAGCUGGAAUACCAUAUGAUGUGCAGUACGCAGACAUUGACUAUAUGGACCGUCAACUGGACUUUGUCCUGGACCCUGAGUUUGAUGGACUGCCUGCUCUGGUUGACACGAUGAGAGGAGAGGGCAUGAGGUUCAUCUUCAUUCUGGAUCCAGCCAUUUCAGGCAAUGAGACAAAUUACCCUGCCUUUGAAAGAGGUAAAGAAGCUGAUGUCUUCAUCAAAUGGCCUGAAGAGCAUGGUGGUGACAUUGUGUGGGGGAAGGUUUGGCCAGAUCUUCCCAAUGUCACAGUGAACGAGUCUCUGGACUGGGAUACCCAAGUAGAGAUAUACAGGGCAUACGCUGCAUUCCCCGACUUUUUCCGCAACCAAACAGCAGACUGGUGGCACAAAGAGAUUGAGGAUUUCUACCAUAAUACCACAAAGUUUGACGGCAUUUGGAUUGACAUGAAUGAGCCUGCCAGUUUUGUCCAUGGCACAGUAGGAGGGCAGUGUCUUGGCAAUCCUCUUCUUGAUUUCCCUCCAUAUAUGCCACCCCUGGAGUCCAAACAUCUUGGCUUAAAGCACAAGACACUGUGCAUGAACAGCGAGCAGAUCCUCAGUGAUGGAAAGAGAGUCAGACACUAUGAUGUCCACAAUCUCUAUGGCUGGUCACACGCCAAGCCAACAUAUGACGCACUACUGAGUGUGACGGGUAAAAGAGGCAUCGUGGUGACCAGGUCCACCUACCCCUCCAGUGGAAAAUGGGCCGGGCAUUGGCUGGGAGACAACAACAGCAGCUGGGACCAGCUGUACAAAUCCAUUAUUGGCAUGAUGGAGUUCAGUCUGUUUGGCAUCUCUUACACCGGGGCAGACAUAUGUGGAUUCUUUAACAAGGCCCAGUAUGAGAUGUGUUUACGUUGGAUGCAGCUGGGUGCCUUCUACCCAUAUUCACGCAACCACAACGGCAAGGGUAGCCCGAGACAAGACCCUGUUGCUUGGGGUGAAACAUUUGCAAACAUUUCAAGGGAUGCGCUGAACAUCCGUUACACCCUCCUGCCCUACCUGUACACUCUGAUGUUUGAGGCUCACACCAAGGGAAACACAGUAGUCAGACCACUCUUGCACGAGUUUGUGACUGAUAAAGCUACAUGGGAUAUCCACAAGCAAUUCAUGUGGGGACCGGCUCUGCUUAUCAGCCCCGUCCUUGAAGAGGGAGUCAUUCAUGUGGAUGGCUACGUUCCUGAUACUCGCUGGUAUGACUACCACACGGCAAAAGAUAUUGGCGUGCGUGGCGAAGUGUUAAAGAUGCUGGCACCUAUGGAAUAUAUUAACCUUCACAUCAGAGGAGGAUACAUCUUACCAUGGCAGAAACCAGAGGCUAACACACAUUUCAGUCGGAGGAAUCCUUUAGGACUGAUUGUUGCCCUGAGCGACAAUGGAACUGCUCAAGGAUCAUUCUUCUGGGACGAUGGGGAAGGAAUAGACACAGUUGCAAGAAAUCAAUAUCUACUGGCAACAUUUACAGCGGCAGAGAACAUUCUGACCAGUAAGAUCGAACACAAUGACCUGAAUAAUGCCGACUACCUGAAACUGGGUGUGGUGAAGGUCUGGGGUGCUGGCGCUGUUAACAUCACACAGGUGACACUAACGGACAUGGCAGGAACUGCACAUUCACUGACUCCAAUGCACAACCUGGACACUGAGGAGCUGAUUGUAGAUGCUACUUCAAAGUCUGUUAAUGUGCAUCAGACUUUUACAAUGACAUGGAGGACCAGCGCCUGAUCAAAUCAGCAACUCUUGUGUUGGUGACAUAAUGGUAAUGGUAAAUAAUAAAUGUACCUGUAUAAAACUGCCUAUUACAAUAAAAUAUUGUCUGAAAUAAAUGCAAGGUACUUUUGAACAUAGAUUAAUGAGCCAACAUUUAAGUGCAAAUUAUUUUUAGGUUGUAUGUUACAACCUUAAAUUUAACUGAAACAGUUUAUGUAUAUGUCAUUUUACCUUAAGUAACAUUCAUUGGAUUGAUUAAAGGCAGAAUAAACCCCAAAACACAGUUUGUUCUUCCAAACUAAUGGAGCUGUAUUUUUUUAAAUAAAAAUGUGUCAUUUCAAUAUCAUCAUUGUGAUCAUUAAACUGCUCAAUUGUGAGAAA